AAAGUGUACCAAAACUGAAAAAAAAUAAAUAUAGGGGUCCUUUUAUCAAUACACUAAUUUGAGGGUUCAUAUUCAAUAGACAGUGUCUUCUGAGUUGUUGUCCCCUCUUAUCGCUUGACACGUAAAGAUCUCAGGGGAAGGUUCUGGAAAAAGACGUAAAGAAACGGUGGCUUCUCGUUCUUCUCUUUCCAAAAUUUCAUUUUCCUUUUUUUUUAAUUUGCCAGAAUUUCUUUUGGUUUUCCCUCUCUUAUCUGUUGUUCUUUACCACACUUACAUGUUUCUUAGGAAACUUCUAGAAUUACCAAAACCGCACGGACUCUCCGGCCAAGUGCCAACCCCUUCCCUUUAAUCUGUUUCUCUCUCUUCUUUUCCGACCAGAUCUGCCUCAACUCCGUCAUCUUAUCUUGCAAGGUGAGAGGUGAUGGCUCGGUCACCGGCGGAGCUAAACGGAGGAGAAUCAACGGCUGUAGAUACGCCGAGAUCUCUUCCGACUCCCUUUUUGACCAAAACAUACCAGCUCGUCGAUGAUCAUACGAUGGACGAGGUGAUCUCGUGGAACGAAGACGGAUCUACCUUCAUCGUCUGGAAUCCGACCGAGUUCGCCAGCGAUUUGCUUCCAAAAUAUUUCAAACACAACAAUUUCUCAAGCUUCGUUCGACAACUCAACACCUACGGAUUUAGGAAGGUUGUACCUGAUAGAUGGGAAUUUUCAAACGAAUGCUUUCGUAGAGGCCAGAAACGGCUUUUAUGCGACAUACAGCGUCGGAAAAUUGCGACGCCAGCGGCUGCGGCAGCAACGGUGGUGGUGCCAGUGGCUUCGGCGGAACCAGCUCCGCCACCGCGGUCGGCAUCUCCGGCGGAUUCUGGCGAAGAACAAGUCAUGUCAUCGAACUCCUCGCCAGCAAUUGUACGGGAAACGAUAUGUGGAAGCACAACCGAUCUGAAUCUGAUCGGAGAAAACGAAAGAUUGAGGAAAGAGAACAUGCAACUCAACAAAGAGUUGAGCCAAAUGAAGAAUUUAUGCAACAAUAUUUGCACUUUGAUGUCGAACUACGCGAGGAAAGGUAAUGAAGAACCGGAGAGUAGUAUUCAGGCGGCGAAACCGCUUGAUCUUCUGCCGGCUAAGAGAUUUUCAGACGAAUCUGACGUUACCGCCGAUGACAAUAAUCCGGCGGAACUGGCCGAAACGGGUGCAAGAUUGUUCGGUGUGGCCAUUGGUUCGAAACGGGGUAGGGAAAGUGAAGCCGUGAUGGAGGAGCAUGAUCAGGUGUUACGGCUGCAGCAGCCUGGAAAUGGGGACGUGAAAUCAGAGCCGCUAGAUCUUCAUCAGAACAGUGUAGAGAAUCAACAGACACCGUCUGAUGGGCAAUGCCACCAGCGAAAUCGGAGGGUGUGCAAUUGAUACUUGUUGACGGAAUUAGGAUUAGGUGUAGGUGUGACCGUACGAGUAUAGGCACGUGCUGAAGGGUCACGUGCCUGGGGAAAACUUUGUGGGGGGACUGGUUUCAAGAAGCUUCUUGGAACUUUUUUGCUUUUCUAGCCUUGUGAAAGUAAUUAUCCUUUUAAUUUUCUUUAAAUUCGGAAUCUGAAUAUGCCCUAUUUUUUGAAAUAUUUAACUUUGGCGCAUCUAGGGUGCAACUUGGGUUGGACACUCAAUUCUAGGACCUUAAGUAUAUAAUAUAAUCUUCAACUCUAACUCUAUCUUGUAUUAAAAAAUUCAACUUGAGUAUUGUUCGAGUUUAAUUCGG